GAACCACCUGGCAAGGACAGAACGAGAACAAUAGAAAAACAUUAAUCAGAAAAUUCAUAUCGAUAGGAUUCACAUUCAACAUUCAACAUUUAAUAUUUUACCCCCCGUAAAAGUAGAGAGAAAAAGAGAAAUAUGCCCGCCCAAGUGGAACUGACGCUGGAGCAGCUGGUGAGAAUUGCUGUGGGUGUGCCCGAGCUGACACACGUCAAUGUGGCCGUGCUGCACAGUCUGCUGAAUGUGCUGCUGAAGAAACUGAACUGCCAGGACGAUCUGGUGAGCAUUGGCGGGUUCGAGGGCAAGUGCAUGGAGCGCAUACUGGAGCAGUCCAAGUUCUCGCCGCUGCCGUUCGAUGUGGCGGCCAUUGUGCCCAUUUCGGAGCAGCUGGGCAAGGUGGGGCAGCUGGAGCAGCGCAUUGCGGAGCUGGAGUGCAAGCUGGAGUGCCACUUCAAGCAGAUACGCGUCUGCAACAAGGCCAAGGGCAAGAAGUUCCAGUCGAAGAUGUGGGAGAAGUACGCCUCGCCCUGCGAGGAUCUCUGCACCACCUGCGACGAGGACAACAAGAUCGCCUGCAGCCUGCUGGCCAACGUUGACUUCAUGAAGAAGCUGAUGCGCCAAAUCGCCGGCCCCAUACUCGUCCAGAUGGAGGAGGUGGGCAAGCGUCUGGAGAAGUUCUAUGCGACGCUCAAGGAGUUUCUGCGCCAGACCGAGGUGCUCUUCCAGCGCCUCGAGCUGGUCAAGCAGUGCGUCGUCGAGAUUGAGAAUCUGCGCAAUCUGGUGCAGGAGUACAACAUCACCUUCAUCGGCACCAUGGAGGAGCUGCAGGACAUGCUGGACAGCAAGCUGGACAAGGUGCAUAUGCCGGCCCUCAAGAAGUACAUUCGGGAUCGCUUCGACGACAUCGACACGCGCCUGCGCCUCAUCGAGGACAAGGAGACGUGCCCGCGGGCCGCUGGAUUCAUCAAUUCGGGCAUCUGCUGCCUCUCCUGCGGCAGCACCCGCGUCGGCGCCGAUGUCGGCCCCAAGGCCAUUGCCCUGCUGCCCGAUGCGCCCGCUCGUGGACUGCCGCCGAUGGUCGCCUCGCCGGUCAACUGCCAGAAGAGUCUCGUGUGCCGCUCCAUCGAGAAGGAGCCCACGCUGAUGGUGCGCGUGCGGAACCUCGAUCUGGACGUUCUUGCCACCCGACUCAACCGCCCCGCCUACGGGAAGGUAUGCAAGCUGCCCGAAGCCAAUGACACCAUCUACGGUGUGCGUAAUUCCUGUUAUUCUGGUUAGCUAUUGCACUGUGCCCCCCACCACCACCUCUCCAUACGUUAGUCGCAAUCCAAAUCGUUUCGUUUAAGCAAUAAAACAUAAGACCCA